UCGCCUAUCCCGCCGGUUUUCGGGAAAUGAGCAUCUCACAAUCGUUACUAGCUUUUACUCGGCCGUUGGCCGAUUAAUUUAUUUUAUAAAACUUUCAUCUUGUCGUCAUUGUGCUUUCUGGAUUUUGCUAAGCCAUGAUAAAAUCUAAAGAAAUCAAGAAUGAACAACAAGAUUUGGGAUAGGAACCGUCGUUCCUGUAUCCCUAGAAAAUGAUGGUAAACACGGACUCACCUGCCAAACUGGUUUAGAUUGAGAUUUUUAUCGGGUAUCAGGGAACCAUGUGAUUAUAAAUUACACUUGAUCAAAACGGGCCAAAACUUGAAAUUCAACUUGUUUGACCGACCCAUGUCAAACUCUAAUUAUUCUUUACUUUUAAACUUUCUAUUUGAAAAUAAAAAAUAGUGAAGAAAAGAGAGGCAUCAGUGAUUCGGGAAUAAAACCAUAGAAAUUCGAAAGAAAACUGAAAAUGUUUAGGAUCGUUUUUAAUGUUAAAAAUAACCAAAUAGAUCUUUCUGUUUAAGAACACCAUUAUAGGUUGUUGUAAAAGUAAAAUCAUCCUAUGAUCAAACUUUUCAUGAUAAACCACUUUAAAUGAAAUUCUUGUUAGACAUCCGGGAAGGCCAUAAUGUUCAAUUCUGGACGGAUCCUUGGCUGGCAGAGGGUACUAUCCUGAGUGACCAUAUCACAGGCGCUGGCGAAGGGAUUAACUGGCAGGCGACCGUUGCUGAGAUGGUCACUACUGAAGGUGAGUGGAAAUGGCAGGAUAUUGAGGUGCAUCUUACUGAGAACUUGUUGGCUUUGAUUGCAGGUACGGACCCGCCCUUGCCGGGAUCAGGGGAAGACAUUACUGCUUGGGGUAUGGAGCCAGAUGGGAAGUUCAAGCUUCGUUCAGCCUAUUCCGCGGCAGUAGAGUGGCUGAGUGACGAAACUUGGGAGGCGGAGGAGGACAACAGUCACCACCACUGGAAGCGCCUCUGGAAAUGGACGGGCCCGAACUGCAUUAAACAUUUCCUGUGGUUGGUGUUUCAUGACAGGCUAAUGACGAAUGUGCAGCGAAAAAGGAGGAGACUGACGACAGAUGACACGUGCCCGAUGUGCAAAAGAGGACCGGAAACGACCGAACACAUUCUGCGCCAGUGUCCGAGCUCACUACAGGUAUGGAAUAGGCUGGGUAUUCAAGAGACAUCACUAACUUACGGCCUUGGAUUUGCAGCUUGGCUAGAUGAACAUCUCAAGAGGGAUCAGGAGGGGCUUCUGUUCGGUGUGGCAGCUUGGUACCUCUGGAAAAGACGGAAUGAGGAGGUCUUUCACAACCUGACUCAAGAGGAUCACGUUUUGGCGCAACGCAUUAGUUGUUGGACGUCUACUAUCAGACAAGCUCAGGAAAAUGACACUGCUUCACAUAAGGACACGCACGAGAGGUCUCCUCAGCAGCUAGCUUGGACACCACCACCUCAAGACUGGGUGUGUGUCAACACUGAUGGCUCAGUAAAGCAACCCGGAUCAGAAGCAGCUGGGGGUGGCAUUAUCCGGGACUGGACGGGGAAAUGUAUGGGAGCAUUUGUGGAGAACCUUGGAGUGUGCACGAUUACCCGGGCAGAAAUUAUGGCGGCCAUUCGAGGAUUGCAGAUGGCGUGGAAGAACGGGCAUAGGAGAGUUCUACUUCAAUUGGACUCCACUACUGCAAUCAACAUGCUUACCUCGCAGGAUCAGACGUAGCACAGGUACCAUAAUCUGUUUCUGCAGUUUCAGAGAUUGCUUCAGCAGAACUGGGAAGUCAGAAUUUCCCACAUCUAUAGAGAAUGUAACAAAGUGGCGGAUUUCCUUGCCAAUAAAGGCCACUCUGCUAGUAUAGGUUUCCAUGUUUUGGCGAAUUCAGAUCCGGGUCUGUCCUUCUGGAUUCUGUAUGACGUUUUGGGUAUUUCCCAAACCCGGUUAAUUUAAGUGUCAGGCUGGGGCGCCCUUUAGCGUCCCUCUUUCUACCAAAAAAAAAAAAAAUUCUUGUUAGACCACUAUGCCCUAUAGGUGUCCUGCUACUUUGAUCAUCUUGCAAGUGAUGUUUGACAAUUCAAUUACAUAUCAACAUCGUAUAAAUGAGGUGAGGACUUAUUUUGAUUGUGAUUUUUGCUCAAGAAGUCAGUUAGCAACACGUUAAUCUCAUCCUAACUUAUAUUUUAUUGGUUUUAAUUUUUUUCCCAUAUCAUUUUUUGUUCCAAUAUUUAAAUGUUUUGGGAUGAAUUGGUUUUGUAUUAUUUCAUAAAAAAUAUGGAUAAUGUCUAUUUUUUAUCCAACUCUUUUUUCAUAUUUUUUUAUUAUUAUUCAAGCCUAUUAAAAUGCUAUUAAUUAGCCAAAUCUUUUGUAAUGCAUAAAAAUAUUAGCUAUUUUUACGUUAUUGUAAAUAAUUUGUAACUCUUUUCUUAGUUAAAAUACUAAUUUUUUUGAUGACCUUCAUGUGUCUCUUCCAAGUUAGUAUCAUGUUGCCAAGUCAAUAUUACUAAUAAAAUUACUAACUGAAAGUUAACAUUUGGUUAACUCUUAGUAUUUCGAUAAGUUUGGCUGAUAAAAAAGAAUCUAAAAAAUGUUUGAAUAAAAAAUAGACAUUACCCAAAAAAACAUCUACAACAUGUACUAGCUAAGUGAUUACAUUAUGCCUAUACUUCAAUCAAAUGUCAAAACUAGCUAUAUCCAUCUAUAUACUAGAGCAACACUAGAGCCUUGGAUCCACACCAUCUGCCUAUAAUUAUCAUUUAGCAAUUAGCACCCAGCCACCCACCCCACCCAAAAAUGGAAAGUAUCGCCACCACCAGUCUUCACUAUAAGUUACCUCUUCGUUGGGUCGAUCUAACAAAACUUUAAGUGAUAAAGUACCACUUAACAUCUACCUUCUGCAACUCCAGUAAGAGCCAAUGAAGCCUUUUGUUUACCACUAACAAAUCAUUUAAUACUACAUUGAUUAUUUUCAAAGAGUGGUAGUGGUUUAUAAGGCCAACUUAAUCAUAUUAAUAAAAUUGGUUUAAGUUAGGCCUAAAUGAUGAAUUUUUGACUUAAUACGAGGUACCUCAACACACACCACUUGACCCACCUGUCAUGCAAGAGGGGACAAAGUGCCCUUCAACAUCAACCACCCAAGUUGGCAUGGUUGGGGGGGGGGGGUCAAGCAUGAUGUCAUGCAAGACCAACUUAAUAAUAUUAAUAAAAUUUGUUUAAGUUAAGACAAAAGUUGGCUAAGUGUUGGACCCAAGCACAAGGAGGGUCAAGCAUGAUAUCAUCCAAAGGGGGUUAAGCACAAAGUACCAUGGCCAUCUACCUACCCUUGCACUCCGGUAUCAAGCAUGAUGCCGUGCAAGGGGUGCCAUCGAUAGUGUCACUAGACGUGAUGGGAAGAAGGCAAAAAUUGGCUAAGUGUUGACACCAACCACAAGGAGGGUCAACAUCAUCCCAGGGGGGUCAAUCAUGAUGUCAUGAAAGGGGGUUCAAGCACUAAGCACCAUGGUGCCUACCUAUCUUGCACUAGGGCAUGUGGCUGUGCUAGGAGUGUGAUAUCAACUACCUGUAGACGUGGCAAGGGAAGAAGGGCAACACGAGUCCCUAGACGUGGUGGCAAAGAAAGGCAAAGUUUGGCUAAGUGUUGAGACCCAACCACCAGGGGGGUCAAGCAUGACAUUAUCCCAGGGGGGUCAAGCAUGAUGUCAUGCAAGGGGGGUCAAGCACUAUGAUGUCUACCUACCUUGAGCUAGGAUGUCAAGCAUGAUGUCGUGCAAGGAGAGCUAUCACGAGUACCCAUAGACGUGGUGGUGCCAUCUCACCACUCACCUACCUUACAGUCACAGUGGGGGUGAGAUUCGACUAAAUAUGGAGUUUUCUCUCGACCACCUACCAUGUACUACAGUACAAGGGGGGUCAAGCAUGACAUCAUCCAAGGGGGGUCAUGCAUGAUACCGCCCAAAGGGGUCAAGCACCGGAUACCAAGCACUAGGGUGUCAAGCAUGAUGCCGUUCAAGGAGAGUUGGUGUCGGCAUUGCUUUGACACUCACCUCUCAAGUACCCAAGCAGAGAAGAGGGUAGACACAACGUGCCAUCAUCACAAGUUGCAGGCAUGCUAGGUCUCGUGGGUAGUUAUGCAUGGUACAUAGUAGACAGAGUCAUCAAGUUUCUAAGUGGUCAGCCAUGUAUAUCAUUACAUGGUAGACCACCUUGUCAAGACCCUGCAAGCAUGAUGCCACCCCAAGGGUGUCAGUGUGCAUCCAUCAGACCCCUAAGCACCCUAGUGUCCAGGGUGGUUAGCACGAGUACCAUCAAGCGAGAAGCCCUCACUCACCAAGCAACACACCUCCAUGGCACAAGGGGCUAGCUAUCAAGUGAAGUCAUCAAGGUGCAAGGUGAAAAAUGGCAAGCCCGUAAGGCAGGCAAUGUGUCAAGCAGCCUACAUCAAGUUCCAAACAUGGAAGGCAGUGGUUACAAGAGGCAGUUACAUGGAGGUUACCAGUGAUGGCUAUAAAUAGGGGAAACGAAGACGAAGCAGGGGUUCCACAACCAAACAUUUAACGCACAAUGUCAAAAUUUAUCUUUUCUCUGCAACUUACCUUUUAGUUUUUCAGAGCUCUCACUGAACUUCCAUAGGAGUAGAGUAACGUAACUUAGCUUGUUCCCAAAAAACCAUCAAACACCCUUGUUCGAACAUUGUUCGGAGAGGAGUGAACCGUGUUAUUGUUAUUGUUCAAGAAGUCAAAGGUGCAUUUAUUGAGUUCAAACACCAGUUUUUCCUCGCCGGAAAACACCUUCUUCGAGAAAUUAUGUGUUGCCCACUGAAUCUCCAACUCCCAACUAUCUCUAGCGAUUCGAGUAGUGUAAUUAGCAAACAACCCUGCAUACAACGUUCUGUGAAAACAACAAAAGGAAAAUAAAUAUGUUUACACCUAAAAUUAAUUAGGAUUAAAUUAAAUGUCGUAUU